AUGGAUGAUUUACAAAAAUCUUUAGAUCAGUAUGAAGAACAGCUUGCAAUGGUCAACCUAUCACUAGAAACUGUUACUGAAUCUGCAGAAAGAGAAUCUUUACUAUCUUUGAAAUCAGAUUUAGAACAACUUAUACAACUGACUAGAGAAAAUUUAGAUGCUAUAGUACCUAAAAACACAGAAACCGCAGAGACUCAGGCUUCUGAAACUAAAGAUGAAUUGGAUGAUGAGUAUGCUUUGUUUAUGCAAGAGAUGGCCAAAAGUGGUGCAUAUGAGACAUCCAAAGAGGCUACAUCUGAAAACAGCAAAGAUGUACCUGAUGGUGAUGAUAGUGAUAUAGAGGAUGAGUUGUCUUCACUAUUGGGCAUGAAAUGUGCAGUGUAUCAUACACACAAGUGGGGCGGUCAACCUGGACUUUACAAUGCUAUGGUCAGUGCUGUAGUGCCCAGACAAGAUGAAGACCGUUUUCAAGAUCUACAGGUUCGUGUUCUAUUCACUCAUCCUACACAUGCAGAGAUGUUACCUUGUCCAUUUUAUCUUGAUGGUGAAUGUAAAUUCAGUGAUGAACAGUGUAGAUAUUCCCACGGUGCUUUAGUACAAUUGUCGAAUUUAAAGGAAGCAAUAGAACCUGACUUUAGUUCAAUUAGAGUAGGAAGUAGGAUAUUGAUGAAAAUUACACCACCAGAUGAUGAGGACAUAAGUUUAGCAAAAAAAUCUACUGAAAAGUACCACUUAUGGCACAGAGGCAUCAUCAAGAACAUAGAUUUAGAGAAACGAAUCUGUUCAGUAAGGUUGGAGCAUGGUGUACAGGCAGGAGAGAAAAGGAAACAAGGCAGUUAUGAAUAUAAAGUUAAAAUUGAAGACAUUUUUCCGUUAAAUAAUGAUGAUGAAGACGAUAGUGAAGACUCAGAUGAUAGUUUAAGUGACACAGAAUAUCCACAAAGUAAAACUAUGUGUGAAGAUAAAACAGUUGACAACCAUGCACUAUUGGUUGAAAAGAGUUUUCUCAAUGAAAACAAAACUCCUAUGGGAGAGUGGGAGAGACAUACUAGAGGCAUUGGUUCAAAAAUUAUGUUAGCAAUGGGCUAUGUACCAGGAACGGGAUUAGGUGCAUCAAGCGAUGGCCGUGUCCAGCCGGUUGAAGCUCGCGUUCUCCCAGUUGGCAAGAGUCUUGACCAGUGUAUGGCCAUUUCCGAGAAAAAUGCAUCUCAAGACCCAUUAAAGGUGGAACAAAAGCUCCGAAGAUUACAGAAGAAAGAAGAAGAGCGCAACAAAAGAGCAUACGAGAGAGAGAAAGAAAAGGAAAGACGAAAUGUAUUCAACUUUCUUAACAAAACUCUAGGCGAUAAGACAGAGGCUGAUAAUGAACCUGAAACCUCUUUGGAUGUCAAGCAGUCUUCAAGCAAAGACUUGAAUAUUGAACAGUUUAAAAUAACUGAAGACAAAAAGCGAAUUGAAAGGAAAUAAUCAAACUGAAUAGUUCAUUAAUCAAAUAUCCAAGUGGUUCUAAUGGUCACAGAAGUAUUAACAUGCAGAUUAUUGAGAAAAAUAAAGAAUUAAAUAAUCUUGUGCAGAAAGAAAAACAAAUAUCUAAGGAACAAUCACACAGAAAAGAUAAACAGAAAAUGACAGUUUUUUAA